CUAGCCUCUAAAGCCUCCCGCGCUCUUCCUCCACUGCUGCACUUUCCCUCUUCGGCAUCGAGUCGUCAGCGUCUGGCUUGGGUCCUCCCGCUGCUACCCUUCAGUGCCAUGGAUGCCAAGAUCGUCGCCGUGCUGGCCCUUGUGCUGGUUGCGCUCUGCCUCAGCGACGGGAAACCGGUCAGCCUGAGCUACAGAUGUCCUUGCCGAUUCUUUGAGAGCCAUGUUGCUAGAGCCAAUGUCAAGCAUCUCAAAAUCCUCAACACUCCAAAUUGUGCCCUUCAGAUCGUGGCAAGGCUAAAGAACAACAACAGACAAGUGUGUAUUGACCCAAAAUUGAAGUGGAUUCAGGAAUACCUGGAGAAAGCUUUAAACAAGGGGCGCAGAGAAGAAAAAGUGGGGAAAAAAGAAAAGAUAGGAAAAAAGAAGCGACAGAAGAAGAGAAAGGCUGCUCAGAAAAGAAAAAACUAGUUAUCUACCACCUCGAGAUGGACUACAGUGCACUCUGUUCUGGUCUUUCCCAGUGCUUUGUAAAUUUGCUCUAACCCUCCUGCAGAGCAGACACCCUGCCUCCUGGGUAGCCUCUCAGACUGCAAGGGGAAGCAGUGCUUUGUUACCCCUUUGGCUACACUGGCUCCUGUAUUUAUGUGCUUAUUAAGGUCCUUACUGGUCUGCUCAUUAAUGAAGUAGUUGUAUGAAGGGGUCUGGAACAUGGAGACUCUGUGCUCAGGACUUUAUGUAGAACAGCUCAAGACCCUAAAAUGACCCCGGAUUCUGUGUAGAGAGACCUGGGUCUCCCCAUCAUCUCCCCAAAUUUCUGAGCCUGCCACCCUGCCCUUCACUCAGUCUCUUAGGAGGCCCAUGAUUACUCUGGAGCUCACCCAGAUCCACCUGCUUGGAAUCUGCCUUCCUGUUUGAGACCAACUUGUGACUGCCUAGCAUACCACCCCACCAAAGCCAUCUGUGAGCCCAGCAGUAGAGCCUCUGCCAGCAGAGGGCAUGUAUGUCUCAUGCCUUCUCAUUUGCUGCCACUAGUGCUGCCCAUCCAGACCUUCUUGGGGCAGAGCUAGCUGUGGCCAUUACAUUUGCAGGUUAUAACUGACUCCUUUUUUCAAGUCCUGUUGCCGGCCCUCCCUCUCUCUGCUGCCUGGGGUGGGACUUCUCCAACCACCCCCUCUCCCUAGGCCUGCGGAUGUGUGAGUAGCUUUACCUCCAAGCUCAGGUAGACUUCUGCAGACCAUUCAGGAAGAGCACGUGUGAGCUAUGUGUUCCCAGAGAGCAGAUGUGGAAGUGCUUCUCAAGAAGGCUCUUCACAGGGUAACUCAUUUUGUAGAUCUUUAUAUGGGUCCCCAACAAUAUGGAGAACUCUGUGAGGGACCUGCAGUUCUGGAACUUCUAGCCUGUCCCUUUCCCUCCUUCCAGAAGAGUCUCCAUGACCCUGUGCAAAUAUUUGUAGGACACAGCUGUCUCAGGUCUCACCCAUUGGACAUAUCUGCUGAAAGUGACAAGGUUUAAAUUCUAGAAGUUUCUCAUUGCCUUCCUUAUAGAAUUAUGUCUUGAGAUUUCUGGCCAAGUCUUAUUUGGAAGGGAAGGAGGGGAUCACGGGGGAGGAGCAAGGCCUGACAUCAGUAGUGCUUUGAAAAAGGGAUACCUUAUAGAUCUACUGUUCUCUCUAACCCCCAAAACACACAAACACAUACCCUCCACCCUGUACCCCUGGUCAUAAUUAUAGUACAUGGAUCCAGAAAAAUGAAGUGGAUGGAGGACGCGGAAGAUGGAUUUCACAAGAAGGGAGCCCAAGGUCCCUGUGUGUCAGACUCACCUGUGUCACACAGUGCUGUGUCCCCCUCCUGCUCUAAUGUGUUCCUUUGUGACUACAGCAGAGAGUAUCAUGGCCUUCCUUUUUCCCCACUGGAGAAGUGUCCUGUUAGGGUCCUGUAGCCAGAGACCUUUUGUUUCCAGGGCCAUCCCUUUUAGCUGGCUAACUCUCCCAGCCUGGGCCCAUUUCCAGUACUGGGGCUAGCAGGCCUCUUCUGGGUGACUGGGGGCUUCAGUGACGCUGCCUUCCUGCCUCUGAGGGUGCCAGGAUAUUAGCUGGAUGGCCCAGGGCUUCGGUCUUUCCUGAUAAAGCAGCAGCAUGUCUGUGGGAGCCUGGCUGGGCUAUCCCUAACUCUUAAAAAUGCACCACCAGGAAGGUCAGACCAAUGCACCCAUGUUAUCCUUCAUUCUGCACACUGUGGGAGCAACCAUCUCUGUGCCUAGAGGGGUUGCAGGUCCCUCCUGUUCACCACAGAGAGAUGACUGCCCUGCAGCAGCAAUAGGUCAAGCUAUUGCUGACCUGAGAUGGUGAACUGCUUUCUGCAGUGCUCAGGAGGACCAUGCUUCCCAUGCAUCCUGGGGGAGUGGGAGCUGUAGGGACUAAGAGAGUGGCCUUGGGCUUCACUCUGUCUGACAAGCAGGUGUAACCCCAGCCCUACUGAAGUGUCGUGGGUUGCUGGGGAAGAGCCAAAGAGCUUGACCUUAAUGCUGUUGUGGGUUGACACAGGGCAGUGUUCACAUGACUGCACAAGGUGAGUGGUGUAUGAGGCCACCCCUGCACUAGCCCUAGGGCCACCCUGCCUGGUCCACUGAGAGGCCUUGAGGUGACUGGGGAUGGGGGAUGGAAGCAGUGAGUGGUGCCAAGGCCCUGGUCAUGCUGGCAGCUUGUGCCAGGCUCUGUGUGAAGCCAGGUCUCACAUCUGUAUUGGGUAGUGUUCCCUGUCCUGUCAUGUGACCACCAUGCCAAGUUGGCUCUGUAUCAUUUAUCUGCCAUGACCCAUGCUUACUGCACCAGUCUGUCCUUUCUGUUUCCCACCUUCCAUCCAUCCCUGUGCUGCUUUGGCCAUGCUGUCUCUCUCACUCCCCUCCUCUACCCACAGCCUAAGAAAGCAGAUGCAUCACCCUUUCGAUUUGGAAUUCCAAAGUCAGGAGUGGGGCCUUGCUGGAGCAGGCUUGGCAUCUCUGUGAAGCCUGGCCACUGCGGGAACCCGCCUUAAUAGUGUCUUCCUCUCUUCUUGUUAACAGGAGGUUCAAGAUCUGAGAGGCGCAGGUUGAGUCAGACGCCUGAGGAAGCCUUACUGUAGGAGGCUGGGUCUGAAGCCAGUGAUAGGAAGGGCCCCCAGUGGUUUCCUUGUGCAGCCCAGACAGGGUGUAAUGCGUUUCCCAGGACUUUGUUUUGCACAAUUUGCCUUACUUUCACUGUCUGAUUAUGUAGCAAAAUAUAUUCUGUUUUUUCUUUUUUCAUUUAGGUUGAUUAUCCAAUGUCACUGGUGACAGAUAGGAACUUAUACUAAUAUUAUUUUACUUGCUUUAUUAUAAUAUCUUUACCAUGAAGCUCCUGGUCUGACUAGGGUUUCCUGAAUUUUAUAUUCCUCUGAGCUGCACAAGUUGGGACCCCCGACUGAGGGAGCCUUGCCCACAUUAUCAUGUCCUGGGAUGGGGAGCCACCAGGAGGUGUCAGGACCAGUCAGAAUGGGCAAACCCUAGUGAAGGCAGCCCUGUACCACAAGAAGUUAGGGGAGAUUAGGCUCUAGAGUGCCAGGCAGGGGGCUCAUCUCAUCCAGGUGAGCAUCCCAGGGCUUCCCUGGGUUGAGGCAGAUAGGAGUGUGAGGCCAGGGUAGGGCCUCAUCCUGAGCUCUCCUCAACAUCUCAUCAUGUUCUUCUCAUCAUCCUCUAUCUCAUCCAUCAUCAUGUGCAUCUGAGACAGUCUCCAUGACCUUGGAAAAGGACUCUCUCAAGACAAAAGCUUUAAUUUAAACUGGGCACCAAGAAGCAAAUCAAAAUGUAUUCUGUUACCAGGUCCAGGAAAAACUGUGCACCUCUGUGUCUAGUUUGAAAUAUUGUCUGUUGUCCAAUACUGUUUUUUUGUUCAAAGCCAUUGUCCUUGGUGCUGUAUUGUCAGUUCCCCAUAUGCAGAGGCUGAGUGUGAGGAAAUGUCCCUUGGGCCUUUGACCUGGCCCAAUUAGGGCUGUCGUCAUUUUUGGUAGAUAACCUUGUUUUCCCCAAAAAUCACAAAGCUGUGGUGGAUCCACAUAGCCCAAGGGAAUUCAGUUUGCAGUAGCACUGACCUCUGAGGACACAGACUCUCAAAGUUUCCAUUAGAUGUUGAUAUCUCAGAACUACAGAGAAUUUUGUCUUUGUAGUGUCAAGCUCAGCAUUGUUUUGAGACUAACAGGAAUAACAAGAAAAGAAUGUUUAACUAUUGUUUUGGUUUGAAAACCCAUAAAAGAAUUAAUCCUGCGUGUUUUUUUUACCUGAUUAAAAUCUAACCUCAUCUUUUUCACCAUUUGACAAUCCCACCAUCUUUUAGUUUGCACAGUGGCCCCUGAACCCUCUCUGCCGCUGCUGUUACCUUGCGCUUCCAGGAUGUACAGCAGGGAAUUCCUCUUGGAAAAUGAUGUGACAUGGGAAAGUUGGUUAAGAACCCUGAUAUUUGGGAUGUUUCCCUUUACUGAAGGCAGUGUGUAAAGUUAAACAAUUUAAAAUUUUCACUUUUUAAAAAGGAAGUCACUAAGGGUUUUUUUCCCUGUUUUGUUUUUUAUUUGGUCUUACUAAUACUUUUUCCUUUUGAUUAAGUAUCCAGUAUUUUUUUUAAUUAAGAAAGUGGGAAAAAAUAAUGGCAAUACAAGGAAAUGUAUCCAUUGGCAGAACACUGCAAAUAAUAUACAGAACGUGUAUUAUAAAAUGAUCUUGAAUUUCAGGUGUUUUUAGAUUUAAUAAUCUUUGGGUUAUCAGUAACACGUUAGGCAUUUCCAUAAGUAUUUCUUAAAUUGAAUCUUCAUGGUAAAAAGCCAUUCUGUCAACAAGAUAUUCACAUCCUCCAACCGACUAUGCUAUAUUGGAAAAAUAAAGUAUGGCGGACUUGUAUUAGUUAUAAAGGAUGCAGCCUGGUUUCAAGACACUCUUUUAAAAUUAACCUGUCACUACAUGGCUCCUGAAUUAUACAUGAAACUAUUGAAUUUUCAAUGGGAGGUCAUUUUCCAGGUAAUCCAAGAUAUUUAAAAGUCUCAUGGAAAAUUUGGAAGCAUCUUGUGGAAUCCAUGAACUAGAACCAUUAAAUCUGUUACUCUGAGAAAAUGAACAUACCCCCAAAUCUUGACUACAGUUAAAUAAAGAAUCAUUUCUGUUUCUUCCCUAUAAGAGAAAAAAUAGGUAAGAGAAGAAACUGCAGGUAAAAUUACUUGUGUAACAAUGUCUCUAUGUACAGUCUGCUCCUAAAAGGACACUGACUUCCCAGCUAAAGCAGAUACACAUUUAAAUGGUUCCUUUGCAAAGAAAAUGGCUUUCCCUGUUGCUUUCAAAAUAUAAGUCAAGUGCAUCAGGUGAUUAGGGGGUCACCCAGCUGUUCCUCCUGAUCCAGUGCUGCUUCUACCUGACCUUCCCUUGGGCUCAGUGUAACCUCCAAUGCAGUCCUUUGCUGUCAGCCUUUGCAUUACAUGGGGAGGUUGGACUAGGGGCCUGGAGCUCACAGGUGUGCUGUGUUUGGAAUCUGAAUCUGAAUCUGUGCUGUGUGUUGUUUGUACUGUUCUUUGUCCUGCUCUGGCCAGAUGCUGAGACCCCAGUGAGGAGGCUGAGUGUAAACAAGUAGAGGGCCCACAUAGCAAAAGGCUACAGUACCCCUGUGUGAGUCCAAAGGGGGAUUUGAUUUCACCAUCCUUUUCUGAAUACUGCCUGGUGUGAUCACCAUGAGCUCCCUCACUGAGGCUUCAUUACUUUUCUCAGGUAUUGUGCCCUCUGCAGCUAGAGUAGAAUCAUCGUAGAGUCCUGAUUUCUCUACACCUCCCCCCUGACCCAUUCUGAGGGAACCUCAAUCCUGGGAAUCACUCCCAAGGAAUACCCAUGUCCUCUCAGCAGGCUUAGCCAAGAUGAAAACCCACACAGGAAACUUGUUAUUCCUCAAUCUCGCUGGACUCUCAGUCUCUGAGCAGUGAUAGGUUCAGUGUUAAAUGUGAUAAAUACUGUACUUUGUAUUUUUUAAAAUGCAUCUCCCAGAUAAUGUGAAAAUGGUCCAGGAGAAGGCAGCUUCCUGUAUGCAAUUUACUUUUUAAAAAAAAUAAGUAACAAUUUCUUUUGAGAAACAAUUUCUACUUUUAUAUCAAUGAAAAAAUGUAUAUGCACUUACAAUUGUUCUAAUAAAGAUAUAUAUUCAAAUGUA